UCACGUCUCCAGUCUGAAAGUCACGUGUCAGUAACCCACGUCGUCCGCUCACCAACUCUGUCCCCUUGGGUUUCUCUAUAUAUAACCCAAUCCAACUUCCUCUUCACACUCCUUUUAUUUAAAAUCUCACAAAACCAACAAGUUUUCCCAGCGAAAAAAAAAACAAUUUCGAACUUUUUUCCCUGGAAAAUUUUCCUACAACACAACCAAAUUAAAACUCAUUAAUCCUUGAUUAAAAGGUAAACCUCACAACAAUUAUUAUUCAAUAUGGUUAUAGAUUCAGAAACCAGUGGUAGUCAUCACCGUAGACUCACUUUCGCCGCCUUCUUAAAAACCGAUCUCUCCGCCCACGAAGAAGAAGAACAGAGCCAUGGUGCUGCUGAUGUCAUCAAUCCCAGUAGUAACAAGAGCAAGAACAAUCAGCAACGUCAAAGCAAUGCUUCGACCACGAGCGGCGACUCAUCUCCUAAUCAGGUUCGGUCUCCAUGGAACCAGACUUACUCUCCGUACUACACCGACACAACAACGACGCCUACUAUGUCACCGUCUCCGUGGAACCAGACUUACUCACCUUACUACAAGUCUCCGUGGAUAUACCAGACCCGAAACGUGGAUGAUGAUUCGGACAACGGUUUGAUCGGUACGAUCGUGAGACAAGAAGGUCAUGUCUACUCGUUAGCUGCUUCCGGAGAUCUUCUGUUCACUGGAUCCGAUUCGAAGAACAUUCGGGUCUGGAAAGAUCUAAAGGAUUUCGCCGGGUUUAAAUCAACAAGCGGUUUGGUUAAAGCGAUCGUGAUAACCGGAGAUAACCGGAUCUUCACCGGUCAUCAAGACGGCAAAAUCCGGGUUUGGAGAGGGUCUAAAAGACGAACCGGAGGUUACUCGCGAAUCGGAAACUUACCGACUCUUAAAGAGCUUUUAACGAAGUCGGUGAAUCCCAAGAACUACGUCGAGGUUCGUCGCCGGAAAAACGUUCUUAAGAUCCGACACUACGACGCCGUUUCGUCUCUGAGCUUGAACGAAGAGCUCGGUUUACUCUACUCCGGUUCGUGGGACAAGACUCUCAAAGUCUGGAGACUCUCCGACUCUAAAUGUUUAGAAUCGAUUCAAGCUCACGACGACGCGAUCAACACUGUAGCCGCCGGGUUCGACGACUUGCUAUUCACCGGAUCCGCCGACGGGACCUUGAAAGUGUGGAAACGCGAGCUUCAAGGGAGAGGGACGAAGCAUUUUCUAGUUAACGUGCUGAUGAAGCAAGAGAGCGCCGUGACGGCGUUGGCGGUUAAUUUAACGGCGUUAGUUGUUUACUGUGGAUCUUCUGACGGUACAGUUAAUUUCUGGGAAGGGAAGAAAUAUUUUUCUCACGGCGGGACUCUCCGCGGCCACCGUCUGGCGGUGCUCUGCCUCGCCGCCGCCGGGAGUUUGGUGCUGAGCGGCGGAGCGGAUAAGAACAUUUGCGUGUGGAGGAGAAACGGCGAUGGAACACACUCAUAUCUCUCGGCGUUGAUGGACCACGUGGGACCUGUGAAGUGUUUGGCGGCGGUGGAAGAGGUGGAGGAAGACGGCGAGGGGAGAUGGAUAGUGUACAGUGGAAGCUUGGAUAAAUCGGUGAAGGUGUGGCGCGUGAAGGAGACGGCGUCUUCGGUGAUUGGCUGAGAUGGGUUGAGGAGGAGGAGAGGUUACGCGCCGUAUUAGCGCGUGUAGAUACGGAGGAAUAAUCCGUGGGACAUGUGAUUCCUGCCUUAAUGGUCAAGGCAAGUUUUAUGGCCGGCAAAACUAAGCAGAUCAUACUACCAAUAGCAAACUGCCACGUCAUGAAAGUAUCUAAAAGGUUUGGAAAGUUCCUAUAGUUUAUUUGAUCUUCAUUGUAACUGCACAUAUUUGAUUCAGAAAAAGGGAAAACAAACCUUAUAUUAUUUCAUUCAUUGUAUUAAAAUCAUUUUGUUCAUAUACUAUAUAUUCGAUUCGUUUAA